AUGGCAUCAUUGACCGACCCACCCUUCGGAAACGACAGAUGGUGUAUUAGCCUGAACUUGUUAGGUUCUUUUUUGGGCACCACCCCCAGCGGAGAGACCACCAAGUCCGCCAAAGUACAAAAGGGAACGGCUGUAACUCCAACUUUUCUCCAAACCACAACCGGUAUUGGAACAACUCUACCUACUGACACUGCCAAAGUGCUUACAUAUAUACCUACAUCACCUGAGACCAAAGCAAUCACAGGAACAAAAUAUGAAACCACUAAUACACCCUCUACCACACCGAACACACCUUUACAAACUACCACCACCACCGCUGCAAUCAAAACAUCUACUAUAGGUAUAUCUACGUCACCUGAGACCAAAGAAAGCACAGGAAUAAAAUCUGAAACCACCAAUUCUCCUUCUACCUCAUCAACAACUACAGUACAAACUACCAUCACUUCAAUUAAAACAACUACUAUAGUACAAAAGGGAACAACUACUCCAACUUUUCUCCGAACCACAACCGGUAUUGGAACAACCCUACCUACUGACACUGCCAAAGUGCUUACAUAUAUACCUACGUCACCUGAGAUCAACGAAACCACAGGAACAAAGUAUGAAACCACUAAUACACCCUCUACCACACCAACCACAACUAAACCAACUACCACCACCAUCCCAGCAAUCAAAACAUCUACUAUAGGUAAAGGUAAAGGUAAAGCAUCCUGUGAACACAUUCCAAAUAAUUUAAAGCAAUUCCACACUCUAAUGCGGAUUUCAGGUGUUCUGAGAUGUGUGUCUGAUUGUGAUCCAGUGUCUCCUUAUCAUUUCAACUGUAGCUCAGGCUCCUGUGAUAUUCUGAGAACUGGUCCCCGAUGCUUGUGCCCCGAGACAGACCUCUACAUAUAUACAGAUGACCGGUGCGGCGGGAGGAUAUCGAAGCUCGGCCUGUUUAUUGGAGUGGGAGUCGCUUUUGCUGUCCUUCUCGGUGUCACCAUCACUCUGGGAAUCUACCUGUACAAAACAAAGCGCCAAGCAGCUCAACAGAAAGAUUCAUUCUAUCAGUCUAUUGAAUAGCCGCAUUGCAGGUUACAUGAGUCUUAGGUCUACAAUGUCUUUGUUAUGAACGCUGAUAGCCGCAAACGCGGUAAAACGCAGCUAAACGCGGCAAA